GGGUUGGCGACGGGAUUCCCGGGCACUAUUGCCCGACCUGCCCGCCGGCAUCAACCCUCGGCGGUUAUAAAAUGGAAGCCAAGGCCUGGAUAACAAACGCAGUUUGCCGCUCUGUGAUCCCGCCGUCUCCUUCCUGCCGUUUCGUCGUCUUCGUCCCUAGAUCAGAGAGCGAAAGCGCAGAAGCUGAGGUAAAUCGAUGGCGUCCAACUACGUCGACACCACCGGCGAGGAGGGCAGGUUCCACGGCCCCCACAGCAGCACCACGACGCCGACGGGCGCCGCGGCGUCGUCGCCGCGCACGAUGCGGCGGAGCUUCUCGUCCGCGUCCUCGGCCGGCAGCCACGGCCACGGUCACGGCGGUAGCGGCGCGCCCAAGUGCGUGUGCGCCCCCGCGACGCACGCCGGUUCGUUCAAGUGCCGCCUCCACCGCACCAACUCCCAGGGCCACGGCCACCCGCACCCGUCCCCUCCGACCCACCCCGCCUCCGCCGCGCCGCCGCAGGGCGUCCCGCCCUCCGCAUCCUCCCGCACCGUCGAGGCGCAGUGAAGCCGCGCAGCUGCUGCCUGCCGUCCCGUAAACGUCCGACCAAGAAACCAGGAGAGGGAAGAGAAAGAGAAGAAGAAGAACAUGAUAUCGUAUCAGAAGAAGGGAGCCUAUUAGUAUCCCCUUGUUGUGAUCCGUGUUAUCGGAAGAUUUUCGCUUUGCCUUUUUCUUUUCCCCUUCUUUUUCCUGUGUGGGAUCCCUCGUUUCCUGCUUGAUUCCCGAUCCUCUUACUGCUCCA